UCACACCAUUUUUUACAAAUGUAUAAUCCACUGCACGCAUAUAUAUAAAUAAUUGCGAAAAUUAAUCUUUCCAGAGGCUUCCAAGCAUAGAGCUGUUGAUCUCCCUCUCAAAAAAAAAAAGAAAUGCUGAGGAUUGAAUUUUUGAGAGAAAUGGCUGCUGGGGAAGGGAGAAACUGUGAUUUCUAUGGUGUGAUGGGGCUGAAGAAAGAAUGCACGCCAGCUGAACUGAGAAAUGCCUACAAGAAACUUGCAUUGAAGUGGCAUCCGGAUCGUUGCAGUGCUUCUGCCAAUCAAAAGUUUGUGGAAGAGGCGAAGAGAAAAUUCCAAGAUAUUCAGCAAGCAUAUUCAGUUCUUUCGGAUGUGAACAAAAGGUUUCUGUACGAUGUAGGCGUCUAUAACAGCGAUGACGAUGAUGACGAAGAUGGCAUGGGUGAUUUCUUGAGUGAAAUGGCAGCAAUGAUGAACCAAAAUAAGCCAAAUGAAAGAAAUGAGAGUUUUGAAGAUCUGCAAGUUCUAUUUCAUGAGAUAUUCCAGAGUGACACCGAUGUCUCGGACUCUUCUUCUCGUGCAAACACGCGUGCCUCGUCCUGUGAGGCAUCAAGCACCUCGAACAAGAGAAACUGCUCUGAGAUGAGCUCUCGAAAGUUCACCACCGAAUCCACCCAACUCGGGGGAUUCUGCAUAAGGGUGGACCAUCAGCAAAAUGCAGGCGGGGAAACAAUGGCGAGAGGUAGCAGCAGGCGGGAUGGGCGGAAGCAGAAGGUCUCGACUGGCCACGAUGUCUCGUCUAGAGGCAUAUCUGCGUAGAUAUGCUGCAACUCUAAGCUCUAACAAUUGGCUAAUCCUACAUAUGUAUACUCAACAAAUCGAAAUUGGAUUUGAAGCUGGGAAUGUGCUGUGUCUCUUGGCAUAUAUUGUGACUUGGUUUUGUGCCUUGUAUUUCUCUUUUUUGGCUUGUAUUUGUGUAUGGAAACAUGUUUUCAUAUGUAAUGAUGUUCAAGCUUUCUUCA